GUCCGCCGGGGCCGGGAAGACCGAGGAAAGGAGAAAAAGGAAAAAGCUGUGCGGGGCUCCUCGCCUGGGCUCCCUCAGCCGGCCAGGCCCGUGUGGGGCUCGGCGCUCUUCCGCAGAGUUUGGAGAAGGGAAGGUAUCCUGUAGCAUGGCAGGUGAAGAAGGCUUCUUUCUGGAGGAGAAGAGAUUCAAGCAGUACUGUGAAGACUUUGUUAAACAUUCGCAGCAGAUAGGAGAUGGUUGGGAGUGGAGAACUAGCAAGGACCUUGGUGAUGGUUAUCUUAGUAAGACACACUUCCAAGUAAGAAAUAGACACAUCCCACCAGAUCUCAAGGAGAAAAACAAUGAUAAUCCUGAACAAAUUUUGUUUGCACGUGUAGAAGAGCCCUUGGAUGAUUCUCAGGCCUCUGGGGGUUGCAGCGCAGAAGAAGUGGUUCGCUAUGAGUACCACGUCCUGUACUCCAGCAGCUACCAAGUGCCCGUGCUGUAUUUCAGAGCCUGCUUUUUGGAUGGAAGGCCUUUAACUCUGGAUGAAAUAUGGGGAAGUGUUCAUGCAUCCUACCAGGCUCGUCUGCAGGAGGGGCCCUGGGACACUAUUACACAGCAGGAGCACCCCAUCCUCGGGCAGCCUUUCUUUGUCCUGCACCCCUGUCGAACCAAGGAGUUCAUCUCUGCUGUGCUGAGUGGCUCACAGGAGCACCACAGACACACAAAUUACAUCAUCCUGUGGCUCAGUACUGUAGGCCCAGUUGUGGGCCUGAAUCUGCCUUUGAGUUAUGCAAAACUGGCACCUGAGCAGAGCACAGAUGCUGAUUUGGCUGAAAGAGCCCUGAGCUGAAGGACUGGGAGUGGUUAGGCUGUGAUAAAGCUGCUGCAGACUUCCCCGGGGAUGAAGCUGAAGGAUCCUUCUGGCUGGUCAGCCAUGCCAGAAUGGAAAUGAUUGCUCGUGGCUCUUUCUCUGCCCAGGACUCACCACAGGUGACAGUGGGAAUUGGCUGCAGCUGUGGGAACACCUCCCCAGCACCACCCAGAGCUGACCUCCCUGGAAGUCACUCAUCUCCUGCCUCCUGUGCCCACAGUGAGGCUGCACACAGAUGCACAAGCCAGAGCCGAGCUGCUGGAUCUACUGAACUUAGCCCUAGAAAACCUGCACCAUCUGUGGGGCAGAAAAUGCCCUACAAACACAGACAAAUGUCUCUGGGAUGUGGUGUGAGGUCGAGUUUGAUCUUCACAUGGGUUGUUAAAGGGUUAACUGCACCACUUAACUAGUGGCUUGUCCUCAUUUUAUUCUGCCUUCAGUCAGAGCCAGGAUUGAAAACAUGAAGUAGACAAAUUUCUCAUGUUCGGGCUUGGUUGUUUAUUAAAUCUUAUCUAAAGUACAAAGAGCUCUGCAACACUUCUAGCUACCAGCUAAAAGUGAGCAAAAUGGAGCUGAAUUGAGCUAGUUACAAGGUGUUUUCAAGCCAAACAGUCCAACAGAAAGUUAACACCUAUAUUAUUUACUCUUUUGACCCAAUAACCAAACUCCUGUGACCCUCAGCGCAGCACUAACUGUCCAGUCAAAAAAAUACCUAAAGCAUGAAGAAGAAGGAAGAAGAACAAAAAGGAGAGACCAUGCCCAAGAACAUCCAUCCUGUCCCAUUCCUAUUACUACAUUAUGAAAAUCUCAAAUUUCAAACCCUUCACCAUGUAAAAUCACACACUUAACUACACACAGUAAUUUUAACUCCAUCACUCAAAUUUGGAAGUUUUCUCCAAGGCCCCAAGCCAAAAGCAGAGUUCUCCUGGGGGUCAUUGUCAGAAAGCACAGAAAGCUCAAAACUCCCAUGUUUCUGGGUUCCAACAUGGGCAUGAGCUGAGACUGCUUCACCUGGGAGCCACCUUUUCCACCAGAGGCUGGAGAGGCACCAGCCCCAGCACACAGAACAUCCUCAUCCCGGGAAUAUCCCACACACAUCACACCACACUGUCACAGACAGAGCCCUUGCACAGUGAGCAGGUCCAGCUCUGAGCUCAGGUGCCUGCAGCAGCCGUGUGGCAGCAUCUGGCUCUGCCCUGCUCUGCCUGCCAGGGAAGCUCUCCAUGCCCCUGGGAGCUGCUGCUGUUCCCAAUUAGUGUUUCUCGUUGUAGCUGUGGUGGUUUGCUCCCUGCCCUGCUCUGCUUCUGCAGCCUCUCCUCAGCUGUUGGUUUUUGGGGAAUUGCCUGGUGGUGCUGCCACGGCGAACCAGAUUACGAGGAACUUCCCUGCCACCCAUCCUGGCUUCUCUCCCAAUCCCAUUUUAUUUGCAGUGUAAAAGAGUCUGAGCAGAUUACACUGAAACACAGAUUUUACUUUGUACCUUCAGCAACUGCCACUUGCACACAGUUUAGUGUGUGCCAUGUCAGAGUGGGGAGUGUGAAAUGCAUCCAGAUUCUGGUUUCUCAUACUAUGUUUGUAAUUUCCAUUACUGGAUGUGGAGUAGAGGAUGCAGUCCUUCGAAUCCCAUUGGUGCAGAAUUUAUUUGCCAACCAUUUGGAAUUAAUAAUGAAACCACGUGGUUUAUUUUGUUCUGCGUCAUAACAACCUGGAAAGCAGUUUGUUUUUUUUUUUUUAUGUAAGGUUUACAAAAUAUAGCCCGCAGCUACAUUGAUUUCGUUAACACUUUUGGUAACACAUGCUUGAUAAUUGCAUCCACAGCCCAUUUUUAAAUUUAAGUGAGACAUAGACAGGAGGAAGAACCAACAGAAAGAGGUAACAGCAGGUUUAAGUGGUGUUAAAUAUUCAUCCCUGCUCUGUGGUCUUGAGAUAUGCUGGAACAGAAGAACAGAGGCACUCAGCCUUCAAAAUGUGGAAUUUAUACGUAAAGGAAAAUAAAUGUUUUUAUUUUACAUGGAAAAAGUCUCAACACCCAUUGCUUUCUGCCUUAAGUAGCCAUUUACAAACAUAGAAGAGGACUAUUUGACACAUUGUACUGGGCUCAAAGAGGUGACAGUGCAGAAAUUUGCCUGGAAAACCAAAAUUCAGCUCCAUUAGUAAAAAUACAUGGAGGUUAGAGAAACAAAUACAGGCUAACAUAAAUAUUGGGGCAAAGGAGAUAAAUAAGCCCAUUUGGAUAUCUCCUUUUUAAUGGCUGAGGUGGGAGGUAGGCACCCAAUGUCCUGUUUACAUUUAUGCCUUAAUGACCUAGAAUACCUAAACUGAAUUUUUUUGUACAAAACUUACUAUUAUUUUUAAUCAAGUGAAUUGUGGCACUGUUUUGUGAUUAUAUUUUAUGUUGCAAUUCGUUAUUUAGUGAAGUUCCUUAGACCUGAGCUUGAGUUUUUCCUACAUGCAAUGCCUGAACUCUUGCAUCCUAUCAAGGAGAACAUUUCCAGUUUAGAUUUGUAAAUUUACUCAGCUGUUCAUCUUUGCUGAUCUGGGAAGACACAUCAAGGGAGGUUCUUUACUUCUGGGGACUUCUUCUAAGAGAGAACAGUCUCAUACCUGCCCUGGGUUGCCAGAACUGUCAAGAGGAAUUAAUUUUAUGUGUUCACCUAAACCAAAAAAUGUGUUUUCCUGCAGAAUGCAGUUGGUAGCCACAUACAUAAUCCCUCAUUUGUGUCAGCAUGACCAGGUAAGAAUUUAACCCCCUGCCUGGAGAUUUGAGGUUGCCUGGGUUUGGUUGCUAACAGUAACAUUCCAGGCAGGAAAUGUGGAGCUGCUUAAUUACAGCUAAAUACAGUCAAGUAAUCAGUAUCAAUUCUUGCUGCAACUCCAUGAAUUUCAGCGAAACUUUCCCAGUAACUUUUUUCCCUCCACUCUUUGCUGUGAUGAUGGUUUAAUGAGUCUGUUUGGACAUCUGUAUUUGUAUUGCACACAUAUAAAUUCAGUUCCAGCACAAAGGAAGGACGAUUGCUCUUCCCUCUGAAUGGUUACAAUUAUUUCCUCAAAAAUACUCUCUUCUAGAGAACAGCGUGUGUAUGGGUAUUUAUACUUAUUUUUAGUAACACGUAGGCUUUUAAAAGUGUUUCAAGGAAUUUAGUGCAUAUUUUAGCAAUAAAAUCUUACCACCUAGAAUAAAAAAAAAAAUAAGCCUGAAGCUGAGAGAGCUGCAAAAGUAACCCUGCAUUGAGUGCUCAGGAUUAGGAAGGUGUCACACAGGUUGUUAUCUCUUGGAUUUCAUUGAAAUCUUAAAAAACCCUGCACCACAAGGAAGGUUUCAGUUCCCCACUUGAGAGCUCGUUGCAGCUGUCACCUCCUGAAGACAAAUUCACCUUAGGGCGAGAGGGGAUUUCACUGCUGUGUUUGAACAGAGAAUGGAUUUACAGAGCACCCUCUUGACACCUUCCGAGCGUGUUACAAAACACCUUCUCUUGUAGCAGCCUCAUUAUUCAGUCAGAUGCUACUGGUGUCAGAUGGUUGGCCAACUGCUUUAAUAAGUGAAAAUAUUAAUUAGUUUUGGUGAUGAGGUAGAAAACAUGGCCUGCUGUGGGUUCCCCUCUGUUUUGGAGGGUUUUGGGUUACAGAACACAUCUAUUAGGCUUAAAACCUCUCUAGUAGUAUUUGGUGAUGUUUGGCUCAGCUCAUCUUUCUCCAAGUUCUUCCUGCAGUGUCCAGGUAACACAAGCUAUUCCUGAGCACUGGCACAUCAUCACAGGAUGAUUUGGGCUGGAAGGGACUAAAGCCCACUCAGUGUCAGCCCAGCCACGGCAGGGACACUUCCACUGUCCCCAGUGUCCAGCCUGGCCCUGGGCACUGCAGGGAUCCAGGGGCAGCCACAGCUGCUCUGGGAAUUCCAUCCCAGCCCUGCCCACCCUGCCAGGAACAAUUCCUGCCCAAAUCCCCCCCAGCCCUGCCCUCUGGCACUGGGAGCCAUUCCCUGUGUGCUGUCCCUGCAGCCCUGGGCAAUUGUCUCUGUCCAUGCUUGCUCAGCUCCUCCAGGCCCUGCAAGGCCACCCUGAGCUCAGCCCAGAGCUCCUCCUGUGCAGGCUGAGCAGUGGCAGCUGUGCCAGCCUUUCCUCCAGCAGAGCUGCUCCAUCCCUGGUCCCCCUGAGCCUCCUCUGGCCUGGCUGCAGCAGCUCCAGCUCCUGCCUGUGCUGGGGCAGCUGGGGCAGCUCUGCAGGUGCUCAGGGUCUCACCUGGGGCACAGGGGCAGGAUCCCCCUGCCCUGCUGCCCACACUGGGGCUCAGCCAGCACAGACCUGGCUUUGGGGUCCCAGCUGUGCCCCACAGCCCCCAGGGCUGCUCCAGGGCUGCUCCACCUGCUCAGCCCCAGCCUGGACCCGGCCCGGGGCUGCUCUCUGCCUCUCCCCUUGCCCGGAUUUCCCCGUUUCCUUUGUCAGAACCCGCUCAAGCUCUCGGUCGAGCAUUUCCGUCCCAGCCUCCCCGCUCCUGUCGCGACAUCUGGUGGUGACAUGGCGUCACGACAGCGCCCGGUGAAUCCUCCCCCUCCGGAAUUCGGAACCGCGAGGGGGGACAGUCCCUGCCCUUCCGCCUCCCCCAGGAGUUUGACUGCA